CAGGAAAUAAAUACUAUUUUCGAGCUUUGUAUGGGCAAAGCUAAAAAUUAUUUAACUUUUACUUUUGGUAAUUGUUCAACGCUAACACAGUCUAAUAAUUUAAAUAUACAAUUUAAAAUAGUGUGUGAAAAAGGCCUAAGAAUGAUGGACAUUGCAGAGCAAAGUGAGACACAACAUGACAGCUCAUCCUCUACAGGAAUGACAGACCAAGAGAAACAAAUGGCAGCCAGUGCCUAUGAAGCCUUCCUGGCUGGGAAGUAUGGAGAGUGUCUCAAACACCUUGAAGGUCUUCAAGAGCUAAACAAAGAUGACUACAAGAUUGCCAUGAAUAUAGCAAUUGUGGAGUUUUACAAAAGUGGCCAGACUACCACAGGAACUUUGCAGCAGAUCCUUAUGUCAAUGAAGAACCAGGUUCACACCUCAGCAGACGACACGGAAGGGCUGGACGAUGUUGAAAAUAAUUUACUGUGUUACAAUCAGGCCAUCAUCCACUAUUACAUGCGGCAGUAUUCUGAAGCAAUUUCCAUUGGAGAGAAGCUCUACCAGUUUUUGGAACCAUUUGAAGAGAAGUUUGCUCAAGCCGUGUGCUUCCUGCUGGUGGAUCUGUACCUGCUCAGCUUCCAGCCAGAGAAGGCCCUCCAUCUUCUUGCCAUGCUGGACAAACUGUCGGUUCAAGGAAGCAGCAAGAACGGCAAAGCAGAGAACAGCAGUUCAAACAAAGAUGGGACCAACCAGAAGGCCGAGCUUUCAGCUUGGAUUGAGAUGGCUAAGUCAAAGAUGCACCAGUACAAAGUCAGAGCCUACAUUCAGAUGAAGUCAUCCAAGGCUUGUAAAAGGGAGAUUAAGUCAGUGAUGAACACAACGGGCAACUCUGCACCCUCACUCUUCCUGAAGAGUAACUUUGAGUAUCUGAGAGGAAACUACCGGAAAGCGGUGAAGCUGCUGAACAGUACCAACAUUGCAGAGCAUCCUGGUCCCAUCAAGACAGGCGAGUGCGUUCGUUGUAUGUUCUGGAACAAUCUGGGCUGCAUUCACUUUGCCAUGGGGAAACAUAACCUGGGCAUUUUCUACUUCAAGAAGGCCCUCCAGGAGAAUGACCACACCUGUGCACAGCUGGGAGACGGCGGCACGCUGCAGUUAAAGAGAUUUGCCGGGAUCCCCAUGUGUGCCCUGCUGGCCAACAAGCGCCAUGAACUGCUGUAUAACUGUGGCAUUCAGCUGCUGCACAUAGGCAGGCCACUAGCAGCAUUUGAGUGUCUGAUGGAGGCUGUACAGGUUUACCACUCCAAUCCUCGCCUGUGGCUGCGGCUGGCAGAGUGCUGCAUCUCUGCAAACAAAGGGAGUUCAGAACAGGAGAGCAAAGGAUUACCUUGUAAAAAAGGUAUCGUACAGUGUAUUGUCGGGCAGGGCUACCAUCGUAAGAUUGUAUUGGCAUCACAGUCAACACAAAACACAGUCUACAGUGAGGGUCAGUCAGCAGCUAUCCCAGUAGCCAGUAUGGAGUUUGCAGCCAUUUGCUUAAGGAACGCUUUGCUGCUUCUGCCUGAACACCAGCAGCAGGAGACCAAGACAGAGAAUGGAUCCAAGAGCUCCAGUCACUCUGGAAGCACAGAGAGUGGCAGUGAGAACAGCGACGCCUGCAGUGGGAAAGGCCAGGAAGCAGACAAGUUCCUGUCUGCAGCUCCAUCGUCUCCUCUCAGAAAACAAGAGGUAGAGAACCUCAGGUGCUCCAUCCUGGCUUGCAGUGCCUACGUGGCCUUGGCUCUAGGAGACAAUCUGAUGGCUCUGAACCACACUGAAAAACUGCUUCAUCAGUCUAAAGUUUCUGGAUCCCUCAAGUUCUUGGGUCACCUUUAUGCUGCUGAAGCACUUAUCUCUCUGGACAGAAUCUCUGAUGCCAUCACUCAUCUAAACCCGGAGAAUGUGAACGAUGUUUCGAUGGGAGUGUUAACCACUGAGCAGGACCAAGGUUCUGACAAAGGGGACGAGCCUGUUGAGUGCUCAGGGAAGCAGACACCUCUGUGCUACCCAAGUAGCGUGGCAUCAGCUCGAGCCAUGAUGCUUUUCAACCUGGGCAGCGCCUAUUGUCUGAGGAGUGAAUAUGACAAAGCUCGCAAGUGUCUGCAGCAGGCUGCGUCAAUGGUGAACAUGAAGGAGAUUCCGCCUGAAGCCAUCCUGCUGGGAGUGUACCUGGAGCUGCAGAACGGAAACACCCAGGUGGCACUGCAGAUCAUCAAACGGAACCAGCUGCUGCCCGCAUCAGUCCAGAAGGUUUCCCCAGAAUCCUGCAGGAAACUCAUCUAGUUCACAGGAACAUGUGCAGCGCAGUGAGGCUCAUGCAGGUUUUGUUGUGGGCAGUUCUGUAAUGCUGUUUGGGGCAGCAGACCUGAAGAAGAGGGACAAUGUUUUCCUGUUCCAAUGCAGAGGUUUUCAUCAGAGAAAUGCACUGAGGAAUGAGGACGUGUGGUUUGAGUCUUUAUUUCCCGCGGACUAUUUUCACAGGAAAGUGUUUGUUGCGACGUGUUGAAUGACUUAUUUUGUGGGGAUCAGUGAAAAUGUAUUUUUUCCAUUUAUUUCAUUAAAUGUUAAUGAAUUCUGA